AUGGAUCACCUGACUGCGCUCUUCCAGGAGAUGUGGCGUCAAGGUGAAGUCCCUCAAGAUUUCAAAGACGCAACCAUCGUGCACCUAAACAAGCGAACAGGGAAUUGCCUAGUCUGCGACAAUCACCGCGGCAUCUCCCUGCUGAACAUCGCCGGGAAGAUCUUCGCACGAAUCCUCCUCAACCGCCUCAAUAACCAUCUGGAACAGGGCCUUCUGCCUGAAAGCCAAUGCGGCUUCCGUCGUCAUCGUGGGACCACGGAUAUGAUCUUCGCCGCCCUUCAACUUCAGGAGAAGUGCCAGGAGAUGCGGACUCACCUGUACUCUACUUUCGUGGACCUGACGAAAGCCUUCGACACGGUGAAUCGUGAAGGACUGUGGAAGAUCAUGCAGAAAUUCGGCUGUCCGGAGCGAUUCAGAUGGUGCGUCAGCUGCACGACGGUAAUGAUGGCGCGAGUCACGGACAACCGAGCUGUCUCAGAGGCAAUCGCAGUGACCAACGGAGUGAGGCAGGGAUGAGAGCUGGCACCAACCCUCUUCAGUCUUAUGUUCUCUGCCAUGCUGAUGGACGCCUACCGCGACGAUCGUCCCGGGAUCCGCAUCACCUACAGGACGGACGGUCACCUCCUGAAUCAACAAUGGAUGAACUUCCAAUCGCGCGUAUCCACAACCAUCGUUCGCGAAAUCCUUUUCGCCGACGACUGCGCCCUGAACAACACCUCGGAGGAGGAGAUGCAACGGAGCACGGACCUAUUCUCCGCCGCCUGCGAGAACUUUGUUCUGGUCAUUAACACGCAGAAGACGGUGGUGAUGCACCAACCGCCCCCAACUAAGCCACAGCCCCCAACGCGUCGCCGCAAAUCAGCGUGA